CUCUAGUUGCGCACUCCGUUCCCGGCUUUCCUUUGUUUUCGUUACCUCGCUGCCCGCCGGGAUUUUCGUUCGGCCAGUUUCUGCUCAAGAGAAAUGCAUUUUUCUGUGCCACUUCUUUCACUCCUACUCCCUCUUCUUGCGGUCGCUCAAGAUGGCAGUAUCAGUGGGCCGACGACAAGUUCUGAUGCCUCUGGAUACAGCUGUGAUCCCAAUAUCUGCAAGCUACCGAACUGCAAUUGUGCUUCCACAAGUCCGCCGGGUGGCUUGAACCCAUCUGAAGUGCCCAUGUUUGUGGUCUACUCCGCAGAUGACGCUGUGCAAAGCUACACUUUGGAUUCCGUCAAUCAGUUCCUGGCCCAUCGCAAAAAUCCCAACGGCUGCACACCCAAGAUGACCUACUUCACAUCUCUGAACUACACCAAUUACACGCUCGUGACCGAUUGGUUUGUCGCCGGGAAUGAGAUCGCGGACCAUACAAUGACCCAUGUCGGUACGCCACCAGCGAAGGAAAUCGAUGGGAACCUCAUCGCUCUGAAUGCUCUCGCUGGUAUCCCACUGAGCCGUAUCACCGGAUUUCGUGCUCCGUUCUUGUCCUUUAAUGGCGACACGCUCAAACAUCUCGCUGCUACCGGAUUCACAUAUGACUCCAGCGCGGCUGCUUCAAUUCCUGUCAAUGAAUCUGGAACUGAUGCCUAUUGGCCGUAUACUCUUGACAAUGGUAUGGCGAACAACUGCCUCGCGAGCAGUGGUGUCUGCAAGGGUGAGCCGAAGCUUCCGGGAUUCUGGGAGAUUCCGAUGUAUGCGUUCUUUGAUCAAUUGGGUGUAAAUGGACCUCAUCUCAUGGAUCCUUGGCUGGAUAAUCCGAAUGGAAAGAGCAAGCCUGACGAUGCUGCUACUCUUGCGUACAUGAAAGACACAUUUACGGCUCAUUAUAAUGGAAACCGCCAGCCCAUUGGUCUCUAUACGCAUCCUAUUCACUUGGCGAAAACAUAUCCAGGUGUACAAGUCUCACAAUCCACGAUUGACAUGAUCAAUGCCUUCCUGGACUGGGCACAAGAACAGCAGAAUGUUUGGAUCGUUUCAAAUGAACAGUUACUCGCUUGGGUUCGCAACCCAGUUCCCGUCUCACAGCUCGAUACAGUACAGGCGCUGAAGUGCACAGCACCAGCUGUCGAUCCGUCAGAAAAGAUCUGCAAUGGCAUACCACAGAACGAGGAAGGUCUGUUAGAUCAUUGCGCAUUUUCGGACUUCCCAUUCUACACCUGUUACGGAUGUCCCGCAACAACGCCCACACCGGAUAACCCCAACCCUCCUCAGGCAUCAAGUGGCUCGCCGCGCUUCCGACUGCCGGCGAACUGCUCAACACCGUUCUGGGAUCCCAUUGGAGAUAAAUGCAUCUGUCAGUCAAGCAGUUGCUCCUUCACUGACAUGUCACGGCCGAUUGGACCGAAUGGUGCGAAUCUCACUGGCGGAGGACUUGGUGGUUCGUUUUCCGGAGACCAAGCAUCGACACAAUCUUUAUCGUCGUUCAACGGUGCCACUCUACCCGCCAUUCCGAGAGGAUUCACCCUUGCUUUGAUGGUUGGCCUUGUCGGCGCAGUAAUCGGUGCAGCUGGGGUUUACGGUCGUUUCUCUUUCUGAACGACGAACGACCCUCAUUGCUGGUUGAGUGUGCUGAACCAGUACCUGGUUGGUGCUAUCAGAUUUUCGUCCUCUUAAUAUUUUACGACUCGGCACACGAAAGACUUUGGGCCGAACUUAAUUUGCUACAAUACGUUUUUGUACAUUUGGUACAAUACCUGGUUGAACUCUUGGAUGGACUCAGUAUGAAGCAAUACAGACAAUAAUUUGCUUCCACCCACUCUCGUUUAUCCCACCCACUACUUUCCUUUCGCCGCUAUGCAUGCCCUAGUCUUUCCCAUAAUUGCUCCUGUCUUUAUCUGGAUACCUAUAAGACGAGGCAACAGCCGAAGAGUGAUGCAAUCCCGCUGAUAUAGAACGAUGUUUGCAAUCACAAGCACUUGAUCAAUGAUGCUACAGCUGAUAGAACUCGUCAGUAGUGGCUGUAUCCCCCUGUGCUAGUACAGAGUUCACUCAAAGUUCAGUUGAAAAGGAAGUGAGUUGGCGAGCGCUUAUGGAGUGCAAUACAAAAGCGUCCAGAAUCCGAUGAAUUCUCCAGCCGUUAAGCUCAAGCUCGAGAAUAGCCAUAUUGGUAUGGAGCUACAUUUUCGGUGCGGAUUGGCGUGGGGUGCCACUUUCCGAAGCUAGGCUUCCUCCGUAUACUGAUUCAUUGAACUGAUACCCGGUUGCAUUGUCUCUCGUCGCGUCUAGAAAGCCCU